AGUUUCUUUUCCUUCCCAAUUGCCCGCUCUCGGGCGACGCCGGCUCUGCCUUCCUUCGUCCCACUGCCGUGCUCCCCCGGCCCGGCUCCAGGUGUCAGCUUUUCCUGGCCCCCUCGGGGAGUUGGGGCCUGGAGGUUCGAAGGUAGCGGCCGUUGCUCGGUGCCGGAGUGAGAGGCGCACCCCUCUUGAGCCCUGCCAACUCCGCCACCGGCCCGCACCUCCAUGGGCCCAAGCCAGAAGCCCAACGUGUGCCGCAGGCUGAGUCGCCGGGCGCUGGGCUUCUUCUCUCGGGAUGCGGGCGUGGUGCAGAGGACGAACCUGGGUAUCCUGCGGGCGCUGGUGUGCCAGGAAAGUACUAAGUUUAAGAAUGUUUGGACAACUCAUUCCAAGUCACCAAUAGCCUAUGAGAGAGGAAGAAUAUAUUUUGACAACUAUCGGUGCUGUGUCAGCAGUGUUGCAUCAGAGCCAAGAAAACUUUAUGAAAUGCCAAAAUGUUCCAAAUCAGAAAAAAUAGAGGAUGCUUUAUUAUGGGAAUGCCCAGUGGGAGAAAUGCUUCCCAAUACAUCAGAUUAUAAAUCCUCACUCAUAGCACUGACUGCUCAUAAUUGGCUACUUCGUAUAUCAGCAACUACAGGAAAAGUCCUUGAGAAAAUAUAUCUUGCUUCAUAUUGCAAAUUCAGAUACUUGAGCUGGGACACUCCUCAAGAAGUCAUUGCAGUCAAGUCAGCUCAGAACAAAGGCUCAGCAUUGGCCCAGCAGGCAGGCAUUCAGCAACCUGUUUUGCUGUACCUUGCAGUGUUCCAUGUGCUACCUUUUUCACUCAUAGGGAUUCUGGAGAUCAACAAAAAGAUUUUCGGGAGCGUAACAGAUGCCACCUUGUCUCAUGGAAUACUGAUUGUGAUGUACAGCUCGGGACUGGUCAGACUUUAUAGCUUCCAAGCCAUCACUGAACAGUUCAUGCAACAGAAACUUGACUUAGGGUGUGCAUGCAGAUGGGGUGGGACUACUGGAACUGUAGGAGAGGCUCCUUUUGGCAUUCCUUGUAAUAUUAAAAUCACAGAUACACCACCACUGCUCUUUGAGGUGUCCUCCCUGGAGAAUGCUUUUCAGAUUGGAGGCCAUCCUUGGCACUACAUCAUCACACCUAAUAAGAAGAAACAAAAAGGAGUUUUCCAUAUUUGUGCCCUAAAGGACAAUUCCUUGGCAAAAAACGGGGUCCAAGAAAUGGAGUGUUGUUCUCUAGAAUCUGACUGGAUCUAUUUCCAUCCUGAUACUUCUGGUAGAAUAAUACAUGUUGGCCCAAAUCAGGUCAAAGUUUUAAAGCUAAGUGAAGUAGAAAAUAAUAGUGCCCAGCAUCAGAUCUCUGAAGAUUUUGUCAUUUUGGCCAACAGGGAGAAGAACAAAAAUGAAAACUUACCCACUGUUACAGCUUCUGGACGGGUGGUAAAAAAAAGCUUUAACCUUCUGGAUGAUGACCCAGAACAAGAGACUUUCAAAAUUGUGGACUAUGAAGAUGAGUUGGAUUUGCUUUCUGUGGUAGCUGUUACUCAAAUAGAUGCUGAAGGAAAAGCUCACCUGGAUUUCCACUGUAAUGAAUAUGGAACUUUACUUAAAAGCAUUCCACUCGUGGAGUCAUGGGAUGUGACAUAUAGCCACGAAGUUUACUUUGACAGAGACUUGGUACUACACAUAGAACAAAAACCCAGCAGGGUCUUCAGCUGCUAUGUUUACCAGAUGGUAUGUGACCCUGGGGAAGAAGAAGAAACCACAAACAGAAGUUGUAAAAAAGAUUGCAAUAGUUUUAAAUUUUGAGAUGUAACUUCUGAGACUUCUAGCCAAACACCCCAGCAGCCAUGUCCAGUCCUCCUUUUUAUUAUCUGCAUAGCAUAUUCUCCAGUAUUUUCCAGAAAAGGUCUUGUGUUGACUUCAGAUCACUGUGACUUCUUUUUUAAACUCUUGCCAUACAGGGUGGUGAGGACUUCAUUUUAUGUAGAGAUUUUUUACAAUGACAUCCCAAGAAGUCUAGCAUUUUGCAGUUUUUAGGCGGGUGGUGAUGCAAAUAUAAAACAUUGAAGAGCAGAGAAGGAGGUUAAUUCUAAUUAUUGGGAGAGGGUCAUUGAUGAGUAGGUGUUUAACGUGGUUGUUAAAGGAUGGCCUGGGAUUUUGAUUGGUAAAACUAAGGGGGAGAGAUAAAAAGAAAGAUACAAAAGAUACAGAAAGAAAUCAAGAAAUCCUGUAUCCUCUCACCCAAACUUUAAGGAUGGAAAAUGAGAUCUAUAAUAUGAAAGCAUACUUUGAGCCAAAAAUGUGUCAUCACAGUUUAAAAAAUAUAUAUAUGUAUAUAUGUUUUGUAUUUGUAUAUAGUAUCAGGAAUUGGCUAUAGUUCCCCAAUUAUCUUUUCUUCCAUGGUUUUAUUCUCUUGGUUUGAUGUUCCCAUUGUUUUUUUUGUGUGUGUUUCUGUUAGGCUAAUGUAAAAGAUUUCAAGCAAACUGUAAGUGAAAUUUUUUUUCUCAUAUGUAGGCUGUUUAGCUGUUAAUACAUCUAAGAGUGUUGUGUUCAUUUCACUCUUCUAUUUAUUUGGUGAGUCUUCCAAUCCUGCUUAGGCAAUAUUUUCAUACGUAGGCAAUAAGAUAAAGGUAUCCUGGGUUGUACCAGCUCUGCUCCCUGUAGAAGAGUAGAUAAAGUCCCAGGAGUUCUUACUAGCUUGGAAACUGACUGGCAGCUAGGAAAAGGUUUUGGCUCUAUCUUAGCUGUGAGAUGAGUAUUUUUUCUUCUUUAUUAGAACUGACCAAAAUAUGAUCCUUGAACUCAGAUAUAAUCAUUCUUCAGAAUGUUAAAUAAAAGCAACCCAAGUAAAGGGAGGAAAAUGUUUCUUUGUGGUUCCUGUUUGAAAAAUCCAGUUGCUUGCAAUACACAUGUUUAGCACAUUUCUCUGAUUCAGGCUCAAAAGAAUAACUAGUAAAAAUAGAAGGGGAGGAGACAGCAGUAAAAAUCAUUGCUGAUUCAAAUUUAAAAUUAAAAUAUGGGAUUUUAGCUUGGAUGAUUUACAUCAAAAUCCUCCAGUUUUUCCUUCAGUUUUGGCCUGAUCCCAUGUUAAGAACAAUGUGAAUUCUGCCCUGUUCUGCCCUUAAAGUUUGCGGAUAAAUUUCAAGCUAAUUAUGAUCAACAGGGCUGGUGAGAGAAAGGCGUUAGCUAUUCCAAAAGUCUAGAAAUUAGUAGCAGAGUCCAUAAAUUAAAAAAAAAUAAAGGGAACAAACCUAAAACUGUCUUUUGUGCAAGAGAAAAGAAGAUUGCUAACAUUUCAGAAUAAGGGAAAAUAUUUAUAUGUUGGCUAAAAAUAAAUCUUUCCGAAUCUGCACUUAUGUAUAAUAACCACUUGGGAAAGUAAAAGUGAUUACCUCAUGAGCAAGAUGAUAAAACUGUCUUUGUAUAUUAAAUUCUAAUACUUUUAUA